AUGGCCGUCUCUCAAUCGAUCGUUGCCAUCACUCUUUUGACUGUGGGCGGAUAUUUGCUCUUCCAAGGCGAAGGUGAGUCCUUCAAUGUCGGCGAGUUUCUAGAAACAACUUCUCCUUACAUGUGGGCGAACCUAGGAAUCGCCAGUUGUAUUGGAUUCUCUGUCAUUGGUGCUGCGUGGGGUAUUUUCAUCACAGGUGCUUCCAUUCUCGGAGCCGGUGUUAAAGCGCCUAGAAUCACCACAAAAAACUUGAUUUCCAUCAUUUUCUGUGAGGUUGUGGCUAUUUAUGGCUUGAUUAUGGCUAUUGUUUUCUCGGCCAAAGUCACCAGUGUGCCUGAGGCUUCGUUGUACACAAAGGAAAACUUGUAUACUGGCUUUGCUUUGUUCUGGGCAGGUAUCACUGUGGGUAUUUCCAACUUGUUGUGCGGUAUCGCUGUUGGAAUUACUGGAUCCACGGCUGCAGUCAGUGACGCUGCAGACUCUUCGUUGUUUGUUAAGAUUUUGGUUAUUGAGAUUUUCGGCUCUGUGUUGGGAUUGUUCGGUUUGAUCGUGGGAUUAAUGAUGGCCGGAAAAGCUCCGGAGUUCAAGUAA